AUGAUGGACUGCGAAGGAGGUAAGGCUAGUUACAAGAAACUGAAGCACAGGUUACGACGUAACUUCUAUUACGGCAGCUCUCGUAUGGAUCGUUUGUCCAUACCCCUGACUGAUUUUACCGUAGAGUAUCUCGAUCGUAACUGCCCGUUUGGGUACGUCUCACCCGAUUACGUGAGUAAAAUUUCGAAAGACGGCGCCAUUUCGCCAGUAACGUUGAUCGUCGCACUUGUUUAUUUGGAACGGCUGAGGCUUUGUAACAAGGAUGUAUUUGAGGAUUCAGAUCCGGAAGACUUGAUCAACUCUGCUUUGGUAAACAAACAUACAUUUAACACUGUACAAUUAAAUGUUAAUGUACGUACGUUGUCAGGCUUUUCACGUUAA